AAGACCAAUACUUGCUCACCCCUCCCUCUAUAUAUUGCUUUACUCUUCUUCCUACUCGGUCCAUGCUAUUCCCUGUUGCAAACCUCCUCAACCACAAGCUUGAUAACACUGAACUCCCUCUAGCUUGCUAGAUCUAGCCAAACUUAGCUAUGGUGAAUAUAACCACCAUCAGAACAGCAUCAAAUGGCCUGUGGCAAGGCGACAACCCUUUAAACUUCGCCUUCCCACUCCUAAUAGUUCAGACCACCUUGAUCAUCGUCGUCAGCCGCUUCCUUGCUUUCCUACUGAAACCCCUCCACCAACCCAAAGUCAUUGCAGAGAUUGUCGGUGGAAUUCUGCUUGGUCCUUCAGCUUUCGGACGAAACAAAGAUUACUUGCACAAAAUCUUUCCUUCAUGGAGCACUCCAAUAUUAGAAUCAGUGGCAAGUAUUGGUCUUCUAUUUUACUUGUUCCUUGUAGGCUUAGAGCUCGAUCUGAGCUCCACUCGCCGAAGUGGCAGAAGGGGUUUCAGCAUAGCUCUCGCCGGCAUAACGCUCCCUUUCCUCUGCGGCAUCGGCGUCGCUUUGGUCUUCCGCAAAACAAUUGAUGGAGCUGACAAAGCAGGGUUCACUCAGUUCCUUGUCUUCAUGGGAGUUGCCCUCUCCAUCACCGCCUUCCCUGUGCUUGCCCGCAUCUUAGCGGAGCUCAAACUGUUAACAACUCAGAUUGGGGAGACUGCCAUGGCGGCUGCUGCCUUCAACGACGUUGGUGCAUGGAUCUUGCUGGCCGUGGCGGUGGCCCUGGCAGGUGACGGUGCUGGUGGCCACAACAAGAGCCCUUUGAUAUCCAUUUGGGUCCUCCUUUCAGGUGUUGCCUUUGUGGCCUUCAUGAUGGUCGUGAUCCGACCUGCCAUGAAAUGGGUCGCCAGCCGGUGCACACCGGAGCAAGAUGUCGUGGACGAAGCCUAUAUUUGCUUAACCUUAACCGGAGUAAUGGUGGCCGGGUUCAUGACUGACAUAAUUGGAAUUCAUUCCAUAUUUGGAGCUUUCGUCUUCGGACUCGCAAUUCCGAAAGGACAGUUUGCAGAUAGAUUAAUAUCGAGGAUUGAAGACUUAGUGUCCGGCUUGUUGCUUCCGCUUUACUUUGCAUCAAGUGGGUUGAAAACAGAUGUGGCUAAAAUACGUGGCGGCAGGGCGUGGGGGUUGUUGGCUCUGGUUAUAACCACGGCUUGCGCUGGGAAGAUUCUCGGGACGUUUGUGGUGGCAAUGAUGUUUAUGAUUCCGGCAAGAGAGUCAUUGACACUUGGUGUGCUCAUGAACACUAAAGGCUUGGUGGAGCUCAUUGUUCUAAACAUUGGCAAGGAGGAGAAGGUGCUAAAUGACGAGUCAUUUGCAAUUCUAGUCCUCAUGGCACUCUUCACCACCUUCAUUACAUGUCCGGUAGUGAUGGCCAUUUACAAACCGGCACGUGGAAUCUCUAUUCGCACUCACCGUAAACUUUGUGAUCUAUCCACAGCUGAUCAAGCCGCCAAAGACGAGCUCCGAAUUCUUGCGUGUGUUCAUGGUCCAAACAAUGCACCCUCGCUCAUAAGCUUAAUAGAUUCAAUUCGAAGCACCAAAAAAUCCCAACUCAAACUCUUCCUAAUGCACCUUGUUGAACUCACCGAGCGCUCUUCUUCAAUCGUUAUGGUCCAACGGGCUCGAAAAAAUGGGUUUCCUUUCUUUAACCGAACGCCUCGAGGUGAGUGGUAUGAUAGAGUUGCUGGGGCAUUCCAAGCCUAUAGUCAAUUGGGACGAGUUACGGUCCGGCCCACAACCGCAAUUUCGGCUUUGGCAACAAUGUAUGAGGAUAUUUGCCAUGUGGCGGAAGAGAAGAGGGCGGCCAUGAUCGUCUUGCCAUUCCACAAGCAAUGGAGAUGUGAUGGUGAUGAUCAUGAGAAAAAAGAGAUCAAUGUGGGCAAUGAUUGGAGAGGGGUCAACCAAAGAGUGCUCCAAAAUGCGCCGUGCUCGGUUGCAGUGCUUGUGGACCGUGGAUUUGAUAAUUUCAAAGCCCAAAGUCUCGAGCCGGAUAAGGUUGUGGCCCUACGGAUUUGUAUUGUGUUUUUGGGUGGGCCUGAUGAUCGAGAGGCCUUGGAAUUGGGUGGUCGGAUGGCUGACCACCCGGCUGUUAAAGUGAAGGUUGUGAGGUUCGCCGAGAAAGAAGGUCUGGAGAGUAAUGGGCUUAUGUUAAAGCCUUCACCCACCAAGUCCACCGAGAACAUGGACCGAGAGAAAGAAAAGGAACUAGAUGAGGCUGCAGUGGCUGAGUUCAGGAGCAAGUUGGUGGAGGAUGGGACGGCAGAGUACACUGAGCUAGUGGUGGCUAGGAAUAUUGUGGAGGGGGUGUUGGCAAUUGGACGCAGUGGAGAUCAGGACCUAAUAAUAGUAGGAAAAGGACGGUUCCCAUCAAGUAUGGUAGCGGAAUUGGCAGACCGACAAGCGGAGCACGCUGAGCUGGGGCCUGUCGGAGACAUUUUGGCCUUUUCCGGCCACGGUGUGGUCUCAUCAAUCCUUGUGAUUCAACAGCACAAUGUAGCUCAUGCGGUGGAAGCUCCAGUGUCCAAGAUGGUUCGUGGUGAGUAUGAAAAGUUCGCCCCUGAUGAAUCCUCCAGUGUACUGGCCUGAAAUUCUGAGAAUAUUUCCAGGGAAUUUGUGUGAUCAAUAUUAAUAAAGCCGUGCAUGUAUAAAAAUGUGUCCAUCUAUAUAUAUUUUCAAGUUUCCUCCAAAAA